AUGGCGAAGAACAAGAACCAGAAGAAGAAGAAUAUUGAAACCCAGGUUCACCUCAUCUGGAGGGAGUUUGGGUCAUUUACGCGAUGCUUGGAUGUGGAUCCUUCAAAGGCAGACCUCCUAGUCCCAAACCUUAAAAUCGCACUACAGCGGCAGCAGGAAAUCCUCAAGCCUGCUCCCGUUGAGGAAGUGACAAGGAAGGCCAUUGGAGAUCUCACUCGUGACGAAAUUAAUGAGGGGUUCGGCAUUGCGAAGGAGUUACCUGAGUCCGACGGCCGACAGCCCUGGCCACCUCGCAACAUGAUCCCAAGGGAUAUAUCAGCCGGCUGCUUAACCUCAAUCCAAAGCGUCCAGAAAUACAUGGCACGCUCAUCAAGGAAUGAGGCUGCUGCAAGGGUUGUAAUUGACCUUAUUCUCUUUGACAUUCUCGACCAGAUCAUGGAUGGUCACUGCAACAUUUCGGGCACCUGGCCCCUCCACAUCCAGAUGGAGACUAGCCUAGAGUCCAAUAUGGUCACAGUGAAGGGAAAGGACCAACGGUUCCGCGGGACGAGCGACUAUACUCUCUGGUACGGCAAUGGUGAUGGGCCUGAAAAGGCAAUCAACCUUAUUAUUCUGGAGGCAAAGGCUCAGAAACCUGCGGCUGGUGAUGAGCAAGCCCUAGGCUACAUGGGCUGCGUCCACCAAGAGAGACGGUUUAAGCCCGGCCGAAGCGCCAUAGUGUAUGGUGUCGUGACAGACGGCGAGGAAUGGCGUUUUUGGCGGCUUAACGACGAAGGAAGAUAUUCCUGGGAUGUGGAGAUUUCUGGGAUGCUGUCGGGUGACGUGAAGGGUAAGGAGACCGGUUAUGCAAAAAUUGCGACGCUCUUAGGCUUUAUUAUGGAGCAGGCCAUGAUUCUAUCGCCGUACACGACGAGGAUGCACUCUAAAGAGACAUCCAGAGAAGACGACGAGCCAAUGACCGGUUAG